GAUUCAAACGUGUGACUGAAAUACCCGGAGUUGGUUUUCAUUGGCUUGUUCACUAAGAUCAUAAAGUUUUGACAUCGCUGUGUAUAACAGUGUUGUGCUCAUUUAGCUAAAGGAGCUGAGGUAACGAGAGGCGCCAGUCAUGGAAGAUCCUGUUGUGAAAGAGUUAAUCUUAAAAUGUCAGCAAGCAAGAGCCCGAGCCUAUUGUCCAUACAGCAAAUAUCCAGUUGGAGCUGCUUUGCUAACCAAGGAAGGCAAAAUAUUUCAAGGAUGCAAUGUGGAGAAUGCAUCUUACGGCCUCACAGUGUGUGCAGAAAGAACUGCUAUUCAGAAAGCCAUCUCUGAAGGCUACAGAGAGUUCUGUGCCAUGGCAAUCAACUGUGACAUGAAAAACAACUUUAUCGGGCCAUGUGGUGCAUGCAGACAGGUGUUAAUGGAGUUCACUCCACACUGGGAUCUAUACUUAGUUAAACUGGACGGAACUUGCGAGAAGACAACAUUGAAAGAGAUUCUGCCUUAUGCCUUCUCUCCGCUUGAUCUGGAAGCAAAAUAAUUCAAUGAGAAACUGGACAAAAGGCUGCCUCACCCACACCCUCAAAUCUGUUGUAUCUUUAGAAUCCUAAAAAUACCUUUGAUUAACUACUUCCAUAAAUAUUGAUGCUAAUAACCACUCAUAUCAGUACUGAUUACAUAAUCCACACUUCCACUUUUAAUCAUCUGUCACAAAUUUCUAAAAAGUAUUGGAUCAUGCCGAAUCCUAAAAAGGGUGUUUUCAUUUCAUGCUUUUAAUUCAUACAACUACAUAAAGUCCACCAAAUGAAAGCCAGAUCACUUCUGCCUCGCAGUUAGAAGACCCAGGUUCGCUUCCCAGGUCCUCCCUGCAUGGAGUUUGAAUGUUCUCCCCGUGUCUGCGUGGGUUUCCUCCAGGUACUCUGGUUUCCUCCCACAGUCCAAAGACAUGCAGGUUAGGUGGAUUGGCGAUUCUAAAUUGUCCCUAGUGUGUGCUUGGUGUGUGGGUGUGUGUGCGCCCUGGGUUUGUUUCCUGCCUUGCACCCUGUGUUGGCUGGGAUUGGCUCCAGCAGACCCCCGUGACCCUGUAAUUAGGAUAUAGCGGGUUGGAUAAUGGAUGGAUGGAUGAAAGCCAGAUUAUUAAUUUAUUAUAUGGUGUUUACUGGCUCAUGAUGUAAAUUUUAUGCUCCACUAAAAAUAUGCAGAAGUGGGUUCUGAAGCAGUAAAAACAAGACAUGUUUUGGGAUUAUUGUUUAAUCCUUAGCUUGAUUCUGUGUACUUGUAUAUGUGACUGAAAAAAUACUGUAUCUUGCAAAACAUUGAUGCUGGAAAGAAUCAUAAAACAAAUAAAUGUUUUUUGUAUGAA